UGACGAGAAGCAACGCAUUAAGCUACCUGUUUCUAGCUCCUCAAUUCACCGUUCAAUCUUCCGGCACCGGCGAUGGCACCUCGCUAUGAAGUGGAAUUGAAAAUACAGUCCGCUAGAGAUCUCAAGAACGUCAACUGGCGCAACGGUGCCCUGAAGCCGUACGCCGUCGUUUGGAUUGAUCCAAAUAACAAAUUUUCGACGAAGGUCGACGCCGGAGGUGACACGUCACCUUACUGGAACGAAACGCUUGACAUUUCUUUCCCGUCGCCGAUCGAAGAUGCUACGUUGAACAUCAACAUCGUUCAUGUCGCCAACGGCGAGAAUGAUGUCAAACCGCUGAUCGGCGCCGCCAGACUCCGUCUCUCUGACGUCGUCGACAGUGUCGGCCUCGGCGAACGCACUGAUCGAACCCUCCAAUUGAAACGGCCCUCCGGCAGGCCUCAAGGGAAGGUCGAAGUUAAAGUAACAGUCCGAGAAUCACGUUACCGAUCAUCCGAUUCCUAUUACGCGCCGCCGUAUGGGGUCCCACCGCCUUCCUAUGCCACUUCGUACUCUGCUCCUCGCGAUCCAUACUAUGCAACGGCUCCUCCGUCAGGAUACUCUUCCGCCGGGUACAAUGCACCGGCCCCAGACCCGGUCCCGGCACCAGCUGCGGCUCCGUACGGUCAGGCGAGUUACGGGCAGCCGGCGUAUAACCGUCAGGCGAGUUACGGGCAGUCGGCGUAUAACAGUGAGGCGAGUUACGGGCAGGCGGCGUACGAGCAGCCGGCGGAAAAGAAGAACAAGUUCGGGAUGGGGACUGGAUUGGCUGUGGGUGCGGUGGCGGGAGUUUUGGGUGGAUUGGUGUUGGGAGAGGGCAUCGAACAUAUGGAGAACAAGAGGGACGAAAAAGAGGCAGAAAAGGCGGAGGAGAAUGACUAUGAUGACUACUAAGCUGUUCAAAUACCCAAAUUUGAAAGAGUUUAUCCAUCCAAUCAGCUUCGUAUCGUUUGAAUUCGCUUAUAAACUUGUUUCCUUUGUUUGAUUGUUCUUGAUUCAAAUAAAUAUCAUGCAGAAGUUCAUUCCGUGGUUAACACAAACAAUAGUAAAAACAUAGUUUAAAAGGUUUGUCAUUACCAUAGUAUGAGCCGUAGCUUUUUUAAUGUUAAAAUCGGACAUGGUUCAAGCUCAAGUCAGCCCAAUUUCUUUUUCCACAUGUUUGGAGAUAAAUAUGUACUUUUUCUUCAUUUUUAAGAUUGUAACUCAUUCAGUGUUGUC